AUUUACAGUAAGGGUGUGGUGGUUUAUUUCGAAUUUUAAAAGCGCGGAAAUAACCGUCGGAAAGAUGGAAAAGAAGAGUAAUUUCAUUCUCCUUCGCGAUUUGGAAGACCCUUCGACCCAAGAUUCUAGUGUACUGUGGGGAAUGUUGACGAAUUAUGUAUACGGAACGCAACCUCCAGUAGCCUUGAAGGGUGAAUUAUUUGAAGCUCGUCCAGUAGAAGAACAACCCACUGGAGACAGCGACAGAAUUGCUUUACGUGGGCUGAAGCAGAAGUGUCUGGAGGUCGAUUGUCUUAAAGAAGAUUUACAAGUAAUCACACCAGAAGACGCCCAAAUUUUGUUGGCUGUUCAAUCCUAUAGUGAAAGAUGUAACAUUGUGAACGACAAGCAGGAUCUUCUGAGGUGGGGUUUGACGGAGAAUGAAGGAUGUCAUGUGCUUGUUUGGUUGGAUGAUUUGAAGAAGAAUGUGGAUGCAGUUGUUCAUUACAAAGGCGCCCUUCCUCCUUAUGAUGGGAUCAUGUUUGGUGUUGAGAUUGUGGUAAGUGCAGUUAUGUCUCCAUUUUUCUUCCAUCAAGAUCAGAUCACCAUUUCCAAUCUGCAUUUGAUGUAGUUCCUCUGCUUUACUCCAAUAGAUUUUAGAAUAUUCUGUGAUAGAUUCCUGUUUGAAUUGCUGCCCAUGUGAUCAAUAAACCUAUUUAGCUUGCACUAUUUACCCAUGUCAGGUAAUGUGGAAAUACUCACGAGAACUGUUUGUUUUUAAAUUCCCCCUUUAUUCACUUGCAUACACAUGAUAAUUUACAAAAGAUAAAAAGUGGAAAUUCUCUUGAGACCUGAAAUGAGUAAACAAAACAUGCAACCUAAAGAGAUCUAUUGAUAGAAUACUGAGCUUGUUCUAAAUGACUUUGCUCAGUCUCAGCAAGUACGCAUCAGUAUAUUAUUGCAAAAUUCUAACCUGACAAUACAAACAAAGUAACCAAACCAAAAUACAGUGGUAAAUGUGAAGAACAACUUCCUAAAAAAAACCUGUUGGUGGACAGUUUUAAACACCUGUCAGUGAACAGUAGGUAAUCUGUCAGUGAUAUGUCAGUGAGUUGUAGAUAACAAUAUUAUUUUAUUACCAUAUUUAUCCUCCAAAUGGAUGGUACAUCAGAAGGAAAAUGUAUUCUCUGAAUUUUCUGCCAAAUUUCGCACCAAUGUGUAUGUGUGCAUGUGUCAGUAUACCAGUAAACAAUAUUUUAUUGCAUUGUGUCUCUUUUUUACUUUAGACUGUAGAAACUAAGUUAUGUUUGUUAGUCGCCAAAUAUUUUUUGUGUCUGCUAUGAUAAUUAAAAUGGUCAAAACUUGGAAUGUUGUCAGAAUUGGAGGGAGGGUAACUUUGUGUAAGAAGGACACCAGCCUCAGCACAUGGGCGCAAAAUCAGUCAAUAUUUCCCCUGUAUUUCUGAGACCCAGUUUACUUUUUAUACAGUCAAUUCGACUUUUUAUACAGUCAACUUUUUACUUUUAAUAAGAUCAAUUUUUACUUCUUAUAUGGUCAACUUUUUACUUUUUAUAUCGGUCAAUGUAAGAUGUAGACUACGAACCAAGGUUAAAGUGCAUACUGGGGGUAAAAUGCAGACCAAAGACUGCAGACCAGGGGUAAAAUGCAGUUUUUAAUUACAAUUUACAGAGCUUGCACUUUAAAAAAUUUAACACAAUAUGGCCAAUACAAUGAUUUUUAAGGUUUUCUUUAAAAAUUUAAAUGAACCAUUUUUUAGCAUUUAAUAAAGCUAGUUUGAGCAAAUAGUUUUAGAUAAUAUAUGAUUAUUUAGGCAUCACUUCAAAAUAAUUUUUCAUUGUUCUUAUUGAUAACCAGGACCCCCGUUUUCAAAACAGAGGAACAACAGAUGGGGUAUUCAGAUGUCAGAGGUACUUCAAAUGUUCCCCUGGGGCUGGUUUGUUUGUGUCACUUGAUAGAAUCACUGCUUCUUUGGAAGAAACCGAUCAGCAAGUGAAAGGUACAAAAAGAUGGUAAAAUUUGAAUUGGAUGAAGUGAGAGAGUAGAGAGUAGCUAAGGGUAUCUAGGGGUUGUGUGAAGUCAGAGAAAAUAUACCUGACCUCCCCCCCCUCCUCCUUUGUCAUGAAGGGACACCCCUUUAUCCUCUCAAUCCCAGUUGUCACCCACAACAUCAGGUCAUUGUCAAUUACAGCUCAAGGGAGGAGCUAAUAUUUAGAUCUAGGAGACAAAAAUGGUAGAUAAUAUAAUAAUAAUAUUUGUAAUAAUUAAAUAAUAAUAGUAAUAAUGCCCUUUUAACUGCUGCACAUUUCCUUAGAAAUUGGCCAUGAGAAUUUGGUGUUCGAUCAAGAAAAGAACUCCUACCUAAUGAGUUUGAGUAUUCUCACUACCUGUUUGCUGUAUAAUGUACGGAUAUUGUAGGGAGAAGUUAUGCAUUAAUCACUUCUGGGAGUUAAAGGGUUAAAUGAAACAACCUGGAAAUCUUAACCAGUGAGAAGGGUAACUCUUUUUUUUUGGUUUGUUUAAUGUAUUGAUUCAGAAGACAAUGACCAAGAUGAAUACACUUGCAUAGGAGAAGGAGUCAAGAAUGGUGGAGAUGAUUCUGGGAUGGAAAGCUCAGGACACUCUCUGAUUGAAGCUGAGCUUCUUCAAGGAAGGAAUGACGCUUUAAUUCUGGAUGAAAAUGACAUGGAUGGAUCAGAAAUUAUUGACAAUAUAGAGGAAUGUGACACUAUCGAGCACGGCUCUAAGAGUCUUGAAAAGGGAGAGAAAUCAAGUGAAGACGAAGCAGAGGACUUCAAACAGUUAUAUCUCCAGCAAAAGAAGCUAUUGCAGGAGACGCAGUAUCGUUUGAAAGAAAGCAAUCUGAAGAUUGUUAGCUUGCAAAAGCGCCUGGACGAAGAGGUUACACUCGGAGGGAAGUUAAGAGAGAAGUGUGAUGCUUUGCUCAAGAGUUUAGCUGAAGAAGCACUUCACCGAGCCGAGGCAGAGAGUUUGUUAGAGGAGGAACGAAGUAAGAUACGUAAAAUACAGAAACAGUUUGACCGCGAGUGGGCUGAAUUUGAGAAGAGAUUGAUCGAAGAGCGCGCCAUGAGAUCAGAUAUUGAGCGACAAUCAAAGGGCUUCAUGAAACAAUUGGAGGAAGAAAAAAGUUGUAAGAUGGCGUUACAAAGAGAAUUGGAGGACUUGAAAGAAAAACUGAAUUAUCAGGAAAAGUACGGCCAGUACAAGGAAGGACCACAAGAUUCAGUGGUAUACGAGGAAACGUGUGAAAGUGAAGCUCACACAGACCUGGAAUCAAGUGACUGGAUAAUCAGCCGUGACGAAAUUGAAGUAUCCAACGGAAAAAGUUUGGGCACUGGUGGUUGGGGCGUGGUGAGGGAAGGAAAAUUCCGCGGCUGUAGAGUGGCGGUAAAACAGAUUCACGAACUGAUUCUCUCCCCUCACAACAGGCGUUUGUUUAUGCGUGAGAUGGAAAUUGCCUCCAGGUGUCGGCAUCCCUGUCUUCUUCAGUUCGUCGGGGCAACGAAUGAUGAUGGCAUCCCGUUGUUUGUCACAGAGCUGAUGGACACCAGUUUAAGAGAUCUUCUUGAGAAACAACCGCUCAACAAAGUAAACAUUGUCACUAUUGCGCUUGACGUGGCCAGGGCUCUGAACUAUCUGCACCUAAACAAACCUCCCAUCAUCCACCGCGAUGUGAGCAGUGCUAACGUAUUGCUAUGGCGACGAGACAACCAGUGGCGGGCCAAAGUGUGUGACUAUGGUACUGCGAACUUCAUGAGACACUGUAGGACCAUAAACCCAGGGGCUAUCGUAUAUUCUGCACCAGAGGCCCUCUCGUUAGAGCAGUCACCAAAGGUUUGAUAUUCUAUUACUCGGUUGUAUUUCAAGGUGGGAGAGUGGGGUGGAACCUGACUCGUUCCGAGUCAAAAAAAGCACGUGAAUGAUGAAAGCGAGUCACAGGGGCACCCAACGGGGAAGAAAAAGGCUGAUUUUCCCCUUUCCCCCUUUCCAACGCGUGCUUGUCUCUAAAUAAAGAGACAGUAAGUAGCACAUUGCCUACGCAGUUCAACACUUUUUUUAUGGUAGAGUGCUUUCUUAUUGAGUGUCACAAAACCGCACUAAACAUUCAAUCACGACUACCAAUCAAAAGAGACGAAAACCCACAAGAAGCCAAUGAGAACUCAAAGGUAUUAAAUUUAAAUUGCGCCAAGUGCGGGAAAAUGCGAGUGUCGGGAAAACCCAAGUCGUCGAUUGGUUUCUGAUGUGUUGAGAUGCUGGCUCGACUAAUCAUGAAACUGGAUCAACCCAAACCACUUCAAUUCUCAAUUAAGUUUGACCCGAAAUUGAAAGUUGGUUGCCACAUUUCUUAGUGUUUUGGGUUGAUUGUAGCCCUAUGAUGAAGUUCUUGACCGGAAAAGUCAAGUACAUUUACUUUGAAAUAGUUGCCCAGCGAUUUUAAUUUUCUUGACAUUCCACAGAUCGACGUUUACAGCUUCGGUUUGUUGCUCUGCGAAAUGUGCAUCCGGGAACUCCCCGUUCCUCGUCAGACUGAAGACCAGAUCUCAUUGAUAAAAGAUGAAGUCUUAAGAAACCUGGUGACAAGUUGCGCACGACAAGAUCCCGAAGAAAGACCGAAAAUGGCCGAAGUAAUCGGGAAACUGGAACAAAUGGAACAUACAAGUGAUAUAUAGAAUGUUAUAACUGAGGUACUGUAAAUUAUUUAGGUAUGGUAGGGGAAGGGGAACUUGACGAUGUGGAAAUAGACGAAUAAUUAAUUUAUUUUUGACCUAAAUAGACUUCUAUUCAUGAGGUUUUGCAGUGGUUGUGGGUUAAAGAGGAUGACGUGAACUUUAGGAAUUUUUGAUAUACAGCUGAACACUGAUAACUCGAACUCUCGGUAGCUCGAAUUUCCCGCUAAAUCGAAGCAAACUGAUUUCCCUUGGAUUUGCCUCAUACGUUUACUGUAAUUUUAACCCCUAUGACUCGAAACCCCGCUAACUCGAAGCGAUUUUCAAUUCCCUUCAGGUAAUUUUCUUUGUAAUUUUACCGUCGAUAACUCGAAGUCGAUUUCCACUUUUGCGGACUAAUGAGCCAUAACAUUUUGCACCGGAAUAUUACAUCUAAUCUCGUUUAUAUAUUAUGACAAAUUGACCUUUUUCGAUAUCACACGUUUGUAGGUUCGUAAACAAACAGUUUUUACAGUUCUUCCCGGCAAAGAGAAAUAAUGCGCGUAAUCUGGAAUCGAUUUCUGGUCUUUUUGUGCAAACCCCCGAUACCUCAAAACCCCGAUAACUCGAAGUAAUUUCAAUUUCCCUUGGCAAUUCGAGUUACCGGGGUUCAACUGUAUAUGUAUUUGCGAAAUAUUUAAAGUUACCCUUAUUCUUUAGAACUACCAUAUGAAAUGCAUUUAAAAAAAUUAACAAACAAACACAAAAGAUAAAAAAGAGAAAAAAAUUCUUAACGGAAAAGCUCAGGAACUAGAUGAGGUGAAGCCUUUCUCGCUUAGAGGGUUAUUUGUGCAUUUGAGUGGGAUGCCUGUGUCCGAGAUGUAGAUAGUCAAGUGCAUUUCUAUUAGGACAUUAUAUUUUACAGUACAAUUCUUUGCCUUUGUCGUCUGAACUUUAAUUAACCCCUGAAAAAUUUGAUUUGGAUAUCAAUGAUAAAAAGUUUUUUCUUGUCUCGUGGCAAACUAAUCAUAAUAAUGUUUGUUGAAAAAAAUAAGUAUCCUGGUAAAAAAUACUGGGGGAUUUUUUAAUAAAGUUGGGGGUAAUGGGUGCAUUCAAUUAUUUUAAACCGUUAGGGAAGAGCUGGUGGAUUCUUAGGAUCUCCUUAGAUAGGAUAGGAAUUAAGGUUUCUCAUAAGUUGAUUGAUUUUCAUUUUUCAAGGAUUUUCCUUUUCGUUGCGCUCACAAGUAAUUAUUUUAGUAAUGUCGCAUUGUUGGAAUUCUUAGACAGUUUUCUUGCCUUUUUUUUUUCGGUAACAUUUAAGGGCAAAAUUGCUUUGUUACGACUGAAUGAAUCAUGUGAAUAAUGCAUAAAGUGUUAAAACGUAUUAAAUAUUUUGCGAUGAUAGCACAAUGUUUGCAAGAAGACUGGGCAGUUUGUGAAGAACUAUGCUGGUUUUUAAAUUUAUAUCGAAAUGUGACAAUUAAAAUUAGGUUGAUG